UAUAUCCUCAGUUUCAGACAGCUACCAGCUUCGAGAUUCGACAGAACUCACCUAACCAGAAGAGAGAGAGAGAGAGAAAGAGAGAGCGAGAGAGAUGGGGGUGGUGAUCAUCGACGGCACGACGGUGCGCUCCUUCGUCGCCGACGAGCAGCAGUUCAAGAAGAGCGUGGACGAGAAGUUCGCCGCCCUGGACGUCAACGGCGACGGCGUCCUCUCCCGUUCGGAGCUCCGCCGUGCCAUCGAGUCGAUGCGCCUCAUCGAGUCCGACUUCGGCGUGGACGUGGCCACCCCGCCGCAGGAGCUCACCGCCCUCUACGACUCCAUCUUCGAGCGCUUCGACGGCGACGGCAGCGGCGCCGUCGACCGGGAGGAGUUCCGGUCGGAGAUGCGGGCGAUCAUGCUCGCCAUCGCCGACGGACUCGGGUCGUCCCCCAUCCAGAUGGCGCUCGAGGACGACGACCCCAGCUUCCUCAAGCGCGCCGCGGACCUCGAGGCCUCGAAGCUCGCCGGCGGCGGCGGCGGCGCCGCCAAGUCGUGAGGGCUCCCGUCUCCGCCGGACGAUCGCGGUGAGUGAUGAAUAAAGCUUCGGUAUUUGUAAUAGUUGAACCCGAGAAUCUGUUUUCUCUGCAGUUUGAACGGACCGGUGACCGCACGGUUCGGUUCGGGUCGGGUCGGGCCUAUGUUCGGUCACCUACGUGCCAAUAUUCAUGAAGCAUAAGUGUUUAGAAUAUCGAUUUCGUAUAACACGAGAAAAAUUAAAAAUUGGGUAAGCUCGGAUUAUGGAGGCAUUGGUGGCUAUGCUUCGUGUGGGUUUCGAUUCGCUAAAAUAUCUAAUCAAAUCGAGGAGCAAGCGGCCCAUUGAUUCG